AUGGAGGUACAGCGCAAGCUCGUGCAUAUGCUACCUCUGUACGACGAUGAUGACGAAGAGAUCCAGCGUCGCUCUUCCAGAAGCUUAGCCAUCCUCCACCGGGCGCGAUUCUUGGAGGAUGAGCUGCAAGAAAUUGCAAAUUCGCUCUCCGUCGCCGUGAAUUUCAAGGUGCAUAGACAGAUGCUCAAGCUGGGCACCGAGUCAUUCGACGAUAGCUCAACAGUGAAAGCCAUGACGCUAGUCGCGCUGAUCUAUCUCCCUGCGAGCUUUGUGUCUUCAAUUCUCGGGAUGAACCUUUUCGACUUCGAUGGCGGAUGCCAGGGCGGCUUUACCAUCUCCAAGCAGUUCUGGAUCUUUGUCGUCCUAGCGGUGCCGCUGACCCUCCUCAUACUAGCCUCCUGGUAUGUGAUUACCCGGCGGACUCGCAAAGCCCGCGAACGGAAGACGGAAGAAGAGGGGUAA